UUAUCUUAAAGAAAAACUAUGAAGUAAGUGGGUUGGUAACAAGAAAACGUUUACCACUAACAAAUUAUUAAAAUUUCUGAAGCCAAAUGUUUUUUUUUUUUUUUUUUUUUUUUACCAAAAAAAUUAUUAAAAUUUCUUUUAAUUUAGUAAUCCAUUCGUUUCUAAUUAACAUUUUCUUUUGUUAUUUUCACAUAAUAGGUAAAUAUAAUAAAGUUUGACUAUUAAUAUAUUUGUGAAGAACAAUUUUAUUAAGUUUAAACUAAAAAUAUAUAGAUAUGAUUAUAACUAAUAAAAAAUACUUAUAAAAUUCAAAAUUUUAUUUAAAAAAAAACAUUAAUUAUUUGGAAAUAGAAAGAGUAUUUAUAUAGGUAUUUUUCUAAGACGGGAAUACAUCAUAUAGUGUUUAGAGUAAAGUUAUAUUAGGUUGUUUAUGUGAUUUUGUAUUUCACAAAUAUGUAUUGUUAAACUUCCCUCACCUUGUAUAGUUUGAGAAAUGUUAUAUUUAAUAUUAUUCCUUCCUCUUACAAAUCACAGAUAUAUGCAUGGAUGGACAAAUGGGGUGAUUAGACAAAUGGAUUUGAUAUUAUUUCUCUUUACACACCUUAUGAUGAACUGUUAAACCCCUCGACCAGCGGUUUUAACUAUUUUCUUUAACCAUUUUGUUUUUAGGUGAAUCUUAUUUUAGACUAUGAAAUCCAAAGCACUUAUCCAUUUGUUUUUCACUGUAAUGACCAAAAAAAACAAACUCACACAAUUAUCAAAAAAAUCCAGCAAGGUCCAACAAAAAAAACUAACCUCCAAAAGUCUUUAUAAAUUGAUCACCAUUCACAUUUCAAGCAACCAAAACACAAGAAACAGCCAAAAAACAUGUCGACUUCUAAAACCAUUGCCCUCACUCUAUUCCUCGCGACAACACUAUUCGCGUCCUGCAACGCAGCCGCAAACGCCACAACCAAACCUCUAUUCCCAGCCAUUCUAAUCUUCGGCGACUCAACCGUGGACACAGGCAACAACAACUACCCUCUAAACACAAUCUUCAAAGCUACACAUUUUCCCUACGGCAUUGACCUCCCAGACCACAAAGCCAACGGGAGAUUCUCAAACGGGAAACUAAUCCCCGACAUACUCGCAGGCAAAUUCAACAUCAAACAGUUUGUUCCUCCUUUCUUACAACCAAACCUCUCCGACCAAGAGAUUGUAACCGGAGUCUGUUUUGCAUCAGCCGGUUCGGGUUACGAUGACCUAACCAGCCUCUCCACUCAGGCCAUUCCCGUCUCGGAACAACCCAAGAUGUUCAGGAAUUACAUUGCUCGUCUUAAGAGUAUCGUGGGAGACAAGAAAGCUAUGGAGAUUAUAAACAACGCUUUGGUGGUUAUAAGCGCAGGGACUAACGAUAUGGUCUUGAAUUUUUACACCAUUCCUACAAGGCGUCUUGAGUUUCCUUUUAUCUCUGGUUACCAUGAAUUUAUACUUAAGAGGCUUGAUGGUUUCAUCGGGGAGCUUUAUAGUUUAGGUGCCCGGAACAUUGCGAUCGCAGGUUUACCUCCGAUUGGUUGUUUACCGAUUCAAAUGACUGCUAAGUUCCGCAACAUCUUUAGGUUUUGCUUAGAACAAGAGAACAAAGACUCUGUGGUAUACAAUCAGAAACUUCAAAAGCUAUUACCUCAGAUCCAAUCAUCACAUACUGGAAGCAAGAUCUUUUACGCUGAUAUAUACAACCCUAUUUUUGACAUGAUGCAAAACCCUAGCAAAUACGGUAUAGACACGAUAUUUUCUUGUGCCGCAAGUUUUCAUGUAUUGAGCACUAUGAUCUCACUCAUGUGGAAUUUUUUAUAUUUAAAACAGGGUUUACAGAGACGAAGAGAGGAUGUUGUGGAACAGGGUUUUUGGAGACAAGUUUCAUGUGUAAUGUUUUUUCUCCAUCGUGUCCGAAUCACUCUGAGUUUUUGUUCUUUGACUCCAUUCAUCCAUCGGAAGCUACCUAUAAUUACAUAGGAGACUUGCUCGAUACUCAGGUCCGUGAGUGGAUUGCGGCUUAAGUCAUCAUCACAGAUUCGUAAAAACAAAAGUAUUUUUUUUUGUUUUUAAUGCUAAUAUUGUAUUAAUGUACUUUAUAUUUGCUAACCAAAAAUAUUGCGAAUGGAGUUCUACUUUCUGUAGAAUCUUUCCAAGUAUUGAAAUGAUUUGGCAGAUUCUUGAAGUAGAAACUUAGCACUUGAGCCUACGAAUCUCCUUGGUAAUGACAUGCUAAUGUGUUUUGAACCUUAAUACAAAUCAUCUCCCUAAUCUAAACAAAAAGCUACUGAAACUGUAAACCACAAACAUACAUAGUCUCUCCUGAUUCAUCUCCAUUACACACCAUACCUCCUUAAGGCUUUGCUUAAACUCGGCAUCACAUUGUAUGCAUGCUAAAGAUCUUCUGUUCAAUAAUGGAGCGAACCUAUAACCCAAUCAAUAGAGAUGUCAACGAAAAAUGAAGUUGGUACUGUUUAAUGUUUGAUGUAUGAAAUGGGAAUUGUGAACGGAAUG